AUGUCCUCCAGAAUUACUCGUUCAGCCGCACGACUCGCUGCAGACACCUCGUCCGCCGGCUCCGGCCCCUCUCCCUCGAUUCCCGCCGCUGGUUCGGCUCCGUCCCGGAAGCGCAAGGCCUCGACUCGACGUGAUCGUUCCCUCGACGCCCCGGAACAACAGCCAAAUCCCCCCUCCCCACCCCGGAGAGCCAAGAGACAGCGGAUUGCACCUCCCCCCGAGACGGCUGCCGCGCCCGCUGGUCCCCGCCGUGGUACCCGAAACCGCAACGCUAUGUCCCAACCCGGUCCAUCUUCGCAUCCCACGGAGGAUCCCUCGAGAAACCCAAUAUCCUCGCCUCCACAAUCCAGACGCAAGUCUAGCCGAAAUGGAAAAGUAUCGCAGGAACGCUUGUCAACAACACAAUCUCCCCCGCGUCGACAAAAGAAGCGACAGACCAGGACUAACCCCGAUACGAUCAUGAAAGAAGCGGAAGAGGAGUUAGAAAGCCCAGAUCAAAAAGAGGAACGGGAUCCAUCCCCACCUAGUGAAAGCAACGAUGGCACAAAUCCUUCUGUCCUCGACGAUGAUGACGACGACGAUGACGAUGGAGAUCCUUUUCACAAUAGCUUGUUUGGGUCCCGGAGCCCCCUGGGCCUCCAAAGUACCCUGCGUGCACUCAGCGGCAUGAUGUCGGGCAUGUCCUCUCGCCUCCGAGAUAUCCUUUCCAACCUGAGAAUGAAAGACGACCCCUCCAUCCAACUGAUUGCACUGCAAGAGCUGUCUGAUCUUCUUCUUGUUUCAAACGAAGACAACUUGUCCGGCCAAUUCUCUCCAGAUCCCUACGUAAAGGAGCUGGUUUCCUUGAUGCAGCCUAACGAUUUUGGAGAAGAAAACCCAGAGAUAAUGCUGCUUGCUUGUCGAUGCCUGGCUAAUUUGAUGGAGGCCCUAAGAGGCUCUGUGGCGAAUGUUGUUUACGGAGGGGCAGUGCCGAUCUUGUGCCAGAAGCUCCUUGAUAUCCAAUUCAUCGAUCUGGCCGAGCAAGCCCUCAGUACCCUUGCUAAGAUCUCUGUCGACUUCCCUGCAUCCAUCGUGAGAGAAGGCGGACUGACAGCUUGCUUGACAUAUUUGGAUUUCUUCCCGACCAGCACUCAGCGUACUGCAGUGACUACGGCUGCCAACUGUUGCCGCAAUCUCCCUCACGACGCGUUCCCGGUUGUUCGCGACGUGAUGCCGACCCUUCUCAACGUGCUUUCCAGCAAUGAUCCCAAGGUUGUUGAGCAAGGCUGUCUGUGUGUGUCCCGAAUUGUGGAGAGUUUCAAACACAAGCCGGAAAAGUUGGAGGAGCUGAUCGAGCCCGCAAUGCUGAAAGCUGUACUUCGUCUCCUGCUUCCUGGCACUACAAACCUGAUCGGACCGCACAUCCACACCCAGUUCCUUCGUGUUCUUGCCAUCGUAUCCAAAGCCAGCCCCCGUCUGUCAGUCGAGCUGCUCAAGAUGGAAGUGGUCGAUACCCUGUAUCAAAUUCUUACCGGGGUUUCUCCGCCCCAGAGCGUGGAGAACACCGCAGUCAAGAUGGACAGCGUGCUCGUCAUGCAAGCUUUAAUUCAUCGCCCAAGGGAACAGGUAUUCGAGACCCUCAAUGUCAUUUGUGAGCUUCUACCUGGAGUUCCAAGCCGACAGGGCCAGCAAGCGGACGGUAUGCUGGGUGCCUAUCUGGACAGCAAUAUGGAUGUUGGGUCGAAGUCGCCGAAAGCGAAGGAAUUGCUCGAGAAAAGACGGUCUCUCUUGAUGGAUUGCAAGACUGAACUCAAGCGGUUUGCCAUGAUUUUGUUACCAACUCUGACUGAUGCUUACUCUAGCACUGUCAAUCUUGGGGUUCGACAGAAGGUUCUUAUCGCUCAGCUAAAGAUGCUUCAUAACCUAGAUGCUACUGUAGUAGAAGAAGCUCUGCGCACUGUCCCGUAUGCCUCGUUCCUUGCUUCUAUUCUGUCACAGAAAGACCAUCCGUCAUUGGUCUCGUCAGCUCUGAGGUGCGCCGAGCUUCUGUUCCAGAGGCUCGAAAAUGUCUAUCAACACCAAUUCCAUCGUGAGGGCGUCAUAUCCGAAAUUGUAAAACUAGCAGAGGGCCCCUUGUCAACCGAAAAACAACACCGUGACUCGCCCGCUGCCGCUGCCACGGGCUCAUCCGACAAUACUCAUCAGGAGCCCAAUGCAACUGAUCGUGACGCCGCUAAGGGAGAUGGCACCCCAGAGGAUGGUGCUCCAGCUGAUUUUGACGGUAAUGACGCGAUGGAUGAAGACGACGAGCAAGAUGACGAUAGGGAUGAAGAUAAUGAGGAUAUGUCGGACUCCGAAAGCUCUUCUUCUUUCUCCGGCCAAAUUCUCUUCGCCAAAAUGGACAACGCUAUCAAGGAUCUCGUCAUCCGUGAUGCUCGUGCUUUCCUUGAAGUCUACGAGGCCAGCAACGGCUAUGCCGUUCGGGACAAAGCGCUUGAGAUCCUGAAUAAAUUGCAGGCCCUGGCUGCAGAGAUAGAAACUUGCUAUUUUGGCAACGGAGAUGGAAAUGGCCUUCCGCUGUUCAAAAAAUUGGCUUCAUAUUUCGACGGUGAUGCCUUGGAAAGUAUGACCAGCUCUGAACUGCUUAAUUCAAACAUCAUCAAAGUCCUUCUGGAUGUCUUUGGUGAUUUUCAAUCCGCAUCCAUGCGUGAGGCCCGUGCUGCUUUUCUGCAGGCGUUCAUGGGGUCAAGAAUCUCUGAAAAGGCCCAAAGCCAGAGUACUGCCACUACACCAUUUAGUGUGCUAAUCCAGAAGCUGCAGGACCUGCUCAGCCGGACUGAGCAUUAUGAAGUGCUUACUGUCAGCCACAACUCACUGGAGAACACACGGAGCAAUGCAGCCUACAUGCUGGGCAAGCAGCUGAGACUCAAAUUGGUAGCAGAUGAUGAAUCCGAAAUACCCCGUGCAUACAGAAACAUUAUGGUUUCUAUCCAUGCCAUCGCGACUUUCAAGUCCCUGGAUGACUUCCUUCACCCGAGGAUCAGCCUGUCAGACCGCCCAAGACCGUCGCGCACCCGUGAUACGAUUCUGUCCCAGAUUGCCAAUGCAGCACGGCUUCGAGAUCAGCUUGCCGGUGGCAAUGAAUUGCCAGGCAGUGAAACUUCAAACCCGCUACGAUCGUCCACGAGUACCAACCAACCUCCCCAAGCAGACAAUUCCAACGCUGGCACGAAAGACUCAACGGCCGAAAACCGAGAGCGCCCAACAAGGCCCAGGAGGUCUGGUCGACACCAACCUGCUCAGACAGAGGAAGAAAACGGUGAGGAGCCAUUGGAAUGUGCAGACGAAAGGCAAUUGAGCGAAGAGGAAGAGGAAGAGGACGACGAUGGUGAUGAGGAUGAUGCUCUCAAUGCUAUCGUGGAUGAUCUGGAUGACGACCUCUCCGAUGACAACGUUCAUGACCCGACUGCUGUUAACAUGGAAGUGGCUUCCACGGGCAAGGUGACUGCUCGGAAGGAAGAUGGGACUCGUGUCGCAACCCCAUCUCAGUCUACACCAGCGUCCAAGUCGUCGUCGUCAGCACCCGGCUCUGCGUUGAAUCAAAUGGGAAGCAGCAGCUCGUUGGCCAUGGCUGGCCGUCCGUUUUCGUAUGCCGCCGCCAUGGCUUCUCCCCCUCAGGACUGGCAUCUCGAAUUUAGUGUAGAUGGCAACCCGGUUUCAAGCGAGACAACAAUCUAUCGCGCCGUCCACCACAAUCGUGAGCAGGUGGAAUCCAACGCACGGAACGUUUGGUCCGCUGUUCAUACUGUUCAAUUCAAGCGGGUGCCAGGACCACCCCCUGCGGAGCCUUCUACGCUCAAUUCCAGCCUCUCCGAAGCCUCGUCGAAGGGCGACAGUCUCGCUAUGCCACCAUCGCUCGACAAAGACUCGAUCACAUCCUCGAUUCUUCGCCUGCUGCGCGUUCUCCACCAAAUGAAUGUGACUCUUGAUGAUAUCAUAGCUGAAGCCAAGGAGUUGAUCGCACUCAAGCCAGAGUCAUUGGCCCAGUUUAUUAACACGAAGCUUACCGCCAAGCUCAAUCGACAGCUGGAGGAGCCAUUGAUUGUUGCUAGCAGCUGCCUUCCUAGCUGGAGUGAGGAUCUCGCUCGCGUCUUUGCUUUCCUUUUCCCAUUCGAGACACGUCACCUAUUCCUGCAGUCGACAGCCUUUGGUUAUUCACGAGCGAUGAUGAGAUGGCACAACUCCCAGAAUGAAAACGACAGCCGCAUGGACCGUCACGCGGAACGGCCAUUCCUUGGACGACUCCAGCGACAAAAGGUGCGGAUCUCGAGAACUCGCAUUCUAGAAUCUGCGAUGAAGGUAAUGGAGCUUUAUGGAUCGUCGCCCAGUAUACUUGAGGUGGAGUAUUUUGAGGAAGUUGGUACAGGACUGGGCCCUACUUUGGAGUUCUACUCCACUGUUUCCAAGGAGUUCUCCAAGAAGAAGCUUAAGAUCUGGAGAGAAAACGAUUGCAUGAAUGACUCUGAGUAUGCUUUUGGAAAGCGUGGUCUAUUCCCGUCUCCCAUGAGCGAAGAGCAGGCGUCUCAAGAAUCUGGGAAGAAACAGUUGCAAUUGUUCAAGAUUCUGGGCAAAUUUGUUGCCCGGUCGAUGCUGGACUCCAGAAUCAUCGAUGUUUCUUUCAACCCAGCUUUCUUUAGAAUUGCCGAUAGCUCAUCUUUUGUUGCGCCAUCACUCGGAACAGUUAAGGCAGUUGAUCAGGAUCUUGCCAACUCUCUACUUCUCCUCAAGCGAUUUGCCAAUGCCAAGAUUGCCAUUGACCAAAAUAAGGCGCUCUCCGCCGCUCAAAAGGCGCAAGCUCUCCUUGAUGUUGAGAUUGAUGGAGUGAAGGUCGAAGACCUAAGCCUGGACUUCACUUUGCCAGGAUAUCCUUCAAUCGAGCUGGUCAAUGAUGGUUCCAAUGUUUCCGUCACAAUAGAAAACGUUGACUUGUAUGUGGACCGGGUGGUUGAUAUGACCUUGGGUAGCGGCGUUCAACGCCAAGUGGAAGCAUUCCGAACGGGAUUCUCUCAAGUAUUCCCUUACUCGGCCCUCCGGGCCUUUACCCCCAGCGAGCUUGUUAUGCUGUUUGGACGGGUAGAAGAAGAUUGGUCAAUUGAAACUCUUAUGGACUCGAUUAAAGCAGACCAUGGUUUCAACAUGGACAGCAGGAGUGUGCGAAACUUGCUCCAGACGAUGAGUGAGCUGAGCACGCAACAACGACGGGACUUCCUACAGUUUGUUACGGGUAGUCCAAAGCUUCCAAUUGGAGGCUUCAAGAGUCUCAUACCCAUCUUUACAGUCGUUUGCCGACCCAGCGAACCACCAUACACGCCAGACGACUAUCUGCCCAGUGUCAUGACGUGCGUGAAUUACCUCAAGUUGCCCGACUACAGCAGCUUGGAUGUUCUUCGAGAACGGUUGUCCGUGGCGAUCAAAGAAGGCCAGGGAGCCUUCCAUCUGUCGUGA